AUGAUGGAUGACGGGGGGUCCCUGUCGAGCGUCAAGGCCCCCCAAGUCAGUGGGGUCAGAGUUCAGCUGGAGAUGCAUGCACUUUGGCAGCAGUUUGACCAGCUGGGCACAGAGAUGAUUGUUACCAAAGCUGGAAGGAGGAUGUUUCCAACAUUCCAGGUUCAAAUCUCUGGGAUGGAUCCUAGUGCUGAAUAUGUCCUGCUCAUGGACUUUAUCCCUGUUGACAAUAAAAGAUACAGAUAUGCGUUCCACAGCUCAUCCUGGUUGGUGGCAGGGCGAGCGGAUGUUGUAGCCCCAAGCAGGAUGCAUUUCCACCCAGACUCACCUGCCCAUGGAGCCCAGUGGAUGAAGCAGACCGUAUCCUUCGACACUCUCAAGCUCACCAACAAUCUGCUGGAUGACAAUGGACAUAUGAUAUUGAACUCCAUGCAUCGCUAUCAGCCGCGCUUCCAUGUGGUGUAUGUAGAUCCAGCUCCCAACAGUCACUUAAACGCAUACAGGAACUUCUGCUCUUUUUCCUUCCCUGAGACACGCUUCAUGGCCGUCACUGCCUAUCAGAACCACCGGAUCACCCAGCUAAAAAUUGCAAGCAACCCAUUUGCCAAAGGCUUCAGGACUACAGACCCCCAGGAUAGAGUGGGUUAUUCGGGACCUCUGGCAGUGUGGUGUCCACCAGAGGGCAGAGCUGAACCCCUCACCAACAAACUUGGAGGGCAGGGAAGCUGGGGCUCAAAGACUUCAAACAGACAGGAGGACCCAGCCCCCCUGUUGGUGGAGCAGUGUGGACUGUUCCACCACUGUAAAGACUCUGUGGGACUCUGUGGGAGCAAAGAUGGGGAUAGUGUAUUAGCACCUGCUUCCCUCAUUCCUAUUCCAUCCUACUGGGAUUGUCCAGGAUCAUCUCAAGAGAGAGACAGUCUGUCAUAA